AAGUAUCUAUCCUGUUUUGAGCGGGAGACAAACAUGGAACAACCAAGCAAUUGUUCGUUUUUCUCUUCCUCUGAUAAGCAGACCGAAUUGCAAGAUGUGGCUGUUGUCAUCCGUGAUGCAUCUUGCACAUGGUCGUGCCAUGACCAGAAGGAAAUGGAUUUGGUUUUGGAUCCUGUUAAUCUUCUUAUUCCGAAAGGUUUAGUGGUUGCAGUAGUUGGAGAGGUUGGGUCUGGUAAAUCAUCCUUGUUGAAUUUGAUUUUGGGGGAGACGAGGUUAAUUAACGGAUCUGUGUACCGGACUGGUUCAAUUGCAUAUGUACCGCAGGUUGCUUGGAUUCUCUCAGGAACCAUACGUGAUAACAUUUUGUUUGGGAGAGACUAUGACCCAAGGAGAUACUCGGAAGUAUUACAAGCUUGUUCCUUGGACUUCGAUAUUUCCAGAAUGAUGGGAGGUGAUAUGGCCUCUGUUGGAGAAAAAGGAUUUAACUUAUCUGGCGGACAGAGAGCUCGUCUUGCUCUUGCCAGAGCCAUCUAUCAUGAUGCGGAAAUUUACCUACUUGAUGAUAUCCUCAGUGCAGUUGAUGUACAUGUUGGUUUUUCAAUUUUACAUAAUGCAAUUCUCGGCCCUCUAAUGAGUCAGCAUACGCGCAUCCUUUGCACACAUAACUUUCAGGCAAUAUCUGCCGCAGACUUGGUAAUUGUGAUGGAUAAAGGACGUGUGCAGUGGGUGGGGAAUCCAACUGAGUUUUCUUGUUCUUCUGAUGUAGCAUUCUCAACAAUCGAUGAACUUAGCACUUGUUCUGAAGUUCAACGGCAGGAUAAAAAAUCAAAUAUUUCUAGUGAGAUCCAGCAGAAAGUUUCAGAGGGCGAUUUUAUAUGUACUCCUGGUGGAAAUCAAGUGACUGAUGAAUCAGAGGCUCGGAAAGAAGGAAAAGUCGAACUCACUGUAUACAAGAGCUAUGCUGCUUUUGUUGGUUGGUUCAUCACAGCUUUAACAUGUCUCUCUGCGGUUUUGAUGCAAGCUUCUCGUAAUGGAAAUGAUAUGUGGCUCUCGUAUUGGGUUGAUGCAAGUGGAAGAAACCAGAAAGCAUAUUCAACAAACUUUUACCUGGCUACACUCUCUCUUUUCUGUCUGGCAAAUUCCUUGCUAACUUUAGUGAGGGCAUUUUCAUUUGCAUUUGGUGGGCUACGCGCCGCUGUUAAGGUGCAUGAUCGAUUAUUAGAGAAGCUUAUAAGUGCACCUAUUAGCUUCUUUGAUCUGAACCCAACUGGGAGAAUUAUAAACAGAUUGUCUUCAGAUCUCUACACAAUUGACGAUUCUCUUCCCUUUAUUCUCAAUAUUCUGCUAGCUAAUUUUGUUGGCCUUUUGGGGAUUGCUGUAGUUCUUUCAUACGUGCAGGUCAUGUUUUUGUUUCUCUUAAUGCCUUUCUGGUACAUCUACAGAAAAUUACAGCUGUACUAUAGGUCAACAUCACGUGAGUUGCGUAGACUUGACAGUGUAUCUCGGUCACCUAUAUAUGCAUCUUUUACGGAGACUCUGGAUGGAUCAUCAACAAUAAGAGGCUUUAAAUGUGAGUUUUUUUUUCUGCUCAAAUUUAAUCAGCAUCUGAUGACAUAUCAGAGGACUUCGUAUUCAGAAGUAACAGCGAGUUUGUGGCUCUCCCUGCGCCUUCAGUUGCUCGCAGCUUUUAUCGUGUCAUUCAUCGCGGUGAUGGCAGUUAUUGGUUCUCAUGGAUACCUCCCCAUCAGUUUAGGUACGCCAGGGUUGAUUGGUUUGGCUCUCUCAUAUGCGGCUCCAAUUGUAUCUUUACUUGGAAGCUUCUUAACAAGUUUCACGGAAACAGAGAAAGAGAUGGUUUCUAUUGAGAGGAUCCUACAGUAUAUGGAUGUUCCUCAAGAAGAAGAUGUUGGAGGACAUCCCUUACAUCCACAAUGGCCACAUCAAGGAGAGAUCAAUUUUGUCAAUGUGACUCUUAAGUACAAGCCACAACUGCCUCCUGCUUUGUGUGGUGUUUCUUUCGACAUUGCUGGGGGAACACAGGUUGGUAUAAUUGGAAGAACAGGUGCAGGAAAAUCAAGUAUUUUGAACGCCCUAUUUCGGCUCUACCCAACAUGUGGAGGAUCAAUCAUGGUUGAUGGCGUAAACAUUGCUGGUGUUUCUGUCAGAUGUCUCCGUUCAAGCUUCGCUGUUGUUCCUCAGGCUCCAUUCUUGUUUGAAGGAUCGAUAAGGAAAAAUCUAGAUCCAUUGCAAGAGAACAUGGAUUUUGAGAUCUGGAAUGUCCUAGAAAAAUGCCACAUCAAGGAGGAGGUAGAAGCAGUAGGUGGACUGGAUGUUCAACUGAAAGGGUCUGGAACAGCAUUCUCUGUUGGUCAAAAGCAGCUAAUCUGCCUUGCACGUGCUCUCCUCAAGUCUUGUAAGGUACUUUGCUUGGAUGAAUGCACGGCAAAUGUGGACACUGAAACAACUUCAAAACUACAGAAAACUCUAGCCACUGAAUGCCAGGGAACAACGGUUAUCACAAUUGCCCAUCGCAUUUCCACAGUUUUGAACGUGGACAAUAUCCUGAUUUUGGAUAGAGGGUUUCUGGUUGAACAGGGUAACCCGCGGAUUCUUCUAGAAGAUCAGUCAUCCAUAUUUUUCAGCUUCGCCAAAGCUUCAAAUGUGUGAUGCAUCUCCGAUGAUGACUUAGGUUUUAGAAAACUAGUUCGGCGACUGGAAGAUGUUGCAUAGUAGAGCAACUAUCCACCUUCAAACUUACUCUUGUUUUAGUUCUAAUGGUUGCUAAAGUAUUAAUGUAGGCUGAACCAAAUCUUCAAGCGUGAAGUUGUUGUACAAUAAAACCAUUAUCUUAGCUCAAAAAGCUGCUGGAAAAAAGAAUGGUAGAUGUGCAAGGGUUUAACUUCUAUGGACUUGUGGGAAUAUUUAUGCAUGAUAAGUGCCAUUAAGAUGUUAUUGUUCA